AUGCCGGACGCUCCGAGGCACGACGAAAAGCUGCCGCUCCCACCGCCACCAACAGCGCAGCCGCCGCCGCUAUCAUCGUCGAUCCAUCUGGGCAAUGGGUAUCAUGCCGACGAUGAUAUAAGAUCAAGCACCAUCAAAGUCGAGCAGACGUCGUCCCUAUCGCCCUCCUCAUCAUCCAUGCGCAUGGCCCCUCCAUCCGCACCGUCAUCGGUGCCGCCGCGACCGCCAUCGCCUGCUCAACAAGAUGCGGUCAAGGUCGAGUCGUCAGGUGUUGAUUCUCUGGCCCCUUCAUCCUCAUCCUCAUCCUCGUCACGUUCUCCUUCUGCAUCAUCCUCAUCCGCCGACGCCUCGUCGUCGUCCUCCUCUCCAAAGAAGCACAGCAUAAAUGGCGGCUCUACGUCGCGAGUACCGACUGAGCACAAGCUCACACAGGUAGCCACGUCAUUGCCACCAAAGAGCAGGAAAAAGAAGUCUGCGUCAUCAACAGCUAUCCUCGAUGCGCCGCCACAGAUCAUCGAUCACCUACCGGAGGCAAAUGACGAGGCCUUGAGCACUUUCACCAGGCUGGCAGACAACUGGUAUGCCAACAAGCAUAUAGGCAGAAGCAAAGGCCAUGAGUGGGGUCUGGUAUGCGAGUGCAACUAUAGGCCCGGCCGCGACGACAUCUCCCGCGCCUGUACAGACGAAGGCGGCUGCAUCAAUCGCCUCACCCAAGUCGAAUGCGUAGCAGAAGAUUGCCGAUGUGGCCAAGACUGCCAGAAUCAACGUUUCCAGCGCAAGCAGUAUGCAGACGUCGACGUCGUCAAGACAGAGAAAAAGGGCUUUGGCCUGCGCGCCAAGGCCUUUAUCCCCGCAGACACCUUCGUCUACGAGUACAUCGGCGAAGUAGUUGAGGAACACGACUUCCGCAAGCGAAUGCAACGCUAUCACGACGAGCGGGUACCUCACUUCUACUUUAUGAUGCUGCAGCGCGAUGAGUACCUCGAUGCGACAAAGAAGGGCGGCAUUGCCCGCUUCAUCAACCACUCCUGCAACCCAAACUGCUUUGUAGCCAAGUGGCACGUAGGCAAGCAUAUGCGCAUGGGCAUCUUCAGUCAGAGGGAUAUCGUCAAAGGCGAGGAGCUCACUUUCAACUACAACGUCGAUCGGUACGGGAAUGAGGCGCAGCCCUGCUACUGUGGUGAGCCAAACUGCGUUGGACAGCUGGGUGGAAAGACGCAGACCGACAUUGGUGGUAUGAGCAACCUCUACAUUGAGGCACUCGGCAUCGUGGACGAGGUUGAACAUCUUCAAGCUCGUGGGUCCCGCAAGCAGAAGUCCCGCACGUUGGAUGAAGACUUCAACCCUACGCUUCGCCCCAUGGAAGAGGACGAAGUCUCCACCGUUGCAACCGCCAUUCGUCAAGCUGCCUCAUCCAAUCGCAGCGUCCUCAGCAAACUCCUUGCCCGAAUAGACAUGACUGACGAUGUGGCCGUGCAGAAGCGUUUCGUUCGCUUGCACGGCUUCGUUCUCAUGUCUGGCGUUCUCACUGAGUGGCGCGACGAUAGAGAGAUCGUGCUGCUCUGCAUCCGCAUACUGGCCAAGUGGCCGCUUAUCGCCAGGAAUAAAGUGGUGGACACAGGCGUCGAGGGACUGGUGCAGGAGUUCAAGAAGAGCGAGGAUGCUGAGAUACAGGAAUUGGCUGGGCAGCUCUACGAUGCUUGGCAGCAGUUGAGUCUCGAGUUUCGAAUCGCACGCAAGGAAGAGGGAGACGACAAUGGCGCAGCGGGGGUCGAAGACGAGGAAAUGACUGCCGCGGAUGGGCUGCGUAGCCGGCGUCGACGUGAUGACGAGGACGAGGCAUCGCAGGCUAUUCAAGAUCGGAUGGACUACGCACUCGACCACGCUCAAGCUCCAAACGACGUGUCGGCCGCAUUGGAGAAGGCCGUUCCUCGACCCCUUGGUACAGCACCAAGCACACCCAUCGGCGUACCGCGGUUCGGUCGUCCACCACCGGGUCGUCCUCUUGCGCCAGGAUGGGGUGCCCGCCUCCCUCCACGCUCAUCGCUAGGCAACGGAGUCACGCCAGGUACGCCCCAAACUCCUGCCGAUGAGGCGGGCCCGUCCACGCCUGCCUCUCAAUCCCAGCCUACUAUGAGCAUCGAGGAGAUUAUUCGCCGCGCCAACGAGGCGCAAGAGGCCGAGCGUAAGCGCGUGGAAGAAGAGGCGGCUAGAGAAGCUGAGGAGAGGAGAAAGGAGGCGGAGCGCGCCCCUCUGAUUGGGAGCUCCAAGUCGAAGGGGAAGCAUAGGGAGCGUGACAAAGAUCGAGCCUCGCGAAAAAGGCAUCGAUCCUCUAAGUCUGGCGCGACUAGCGAGACGGGCACGACGACCAACGGCAGCAGCUCCUCGCACCCUCAUCCUUCCGGCGACGAACAAGACGAGCAGCACAAGCGCCACAAAUCGGACGAUCGUGACUCGCCCCACAAGUCAUCUGGCUCCGCCUCCUCUCGAUCCCUCGACAAACGCCUUCACAUCCUCAUUUCCGAAAUUGUGAUCCGCCAUCUCUCUAAGGAAAAGGCUCGUUUCAAUCUCACCCUCGAUCGUGAUUCUUUCAAGCGACAUGCCAAGGAUAUGACGGAUAUGGUCUGUGAGAAGGAGAAGAAGAGCGCGCGCGAAAAGGGAGAGGCAAUAGAGGUUGCAGAGAAAUUGGGACCGGACAAGGAGGCUAAGGUGAAGACGUUUGUGAGGGGGUAUGUUGAGAAGCUGGUCAGGAGGAGGGAAGAGAAGGAACGCGCUGCGGCUUCGGGUGGCACAGCUUCUACGCCGUCAGAGUCGACCAAGACGACAGCACCAAUUGCUGGUGCGCACUCUUCGUCGACGACAGGCACUCCAAGCUCUUCCUCCACGGCCACCUCUCGCACAACUGCGGUGACCUCCGUUGGUGGGGCUGCGGAUGAGCAGACGUCGUCCAAGGGGCUGCCACCACCCGGCCCGCCUCCUGGACCGCCGCCGCCUCGUCCAGGAUCGAUUCCGGAGUCGUGAGCGAGGAGAAGCGGCCAUAUUCUAAGGAUACAAAGGGGAAGCAGUUCGCAAUGUGAUCUUUCUCGAUGCAUCGCGCUCGCGUGGCUUCCUAAUCGCAUGCGCAUUGAAUUGUUUGCAUAGAGCAGAGUCACAACGACACGCAAAAUGGCCUCUCCCUUCAUUCGUCCGCUCGGCCGCCCGUCCCCCACCUUUCAUCCCUUCGCCUAAAGCCCGCCAGCUCGCGCAGAGUCUUCUCCACCAGAGUAGCACC